AUGUCCGCAAGGGGACCAUUACAGUUGUUCCCUAUGACACCUGAUCUAGGCCAAGCAGGUUGUUCAGCUCAAGAAGACGCCGUCAUCCUCGGCCGGCACAUUGGAGAAACGGUGAUCCGAGACGGGAGGCUUGUGCCGAAGGAGGCGGCCACCGUCAUAGAAAGGUCAAGAGAGCAAGUGAAGAGACAAGUGCUACAUAUGGGUCAGACGGACUGGGGCUCUUCAUCAUCAUCCUCGCCUAAAUAA